AUGGGCGAAAUCGAUGCGGUGGUUCUACAAUGGAUAUAUGGUACACUCACGGACGAUCUCCUGGUCCGGGUGUUAACUGAUGAAUCCACAGCCUACGAGGCGUGGAAACGGGUCAAGAAACUUUUCUUAAACAACAAAGGUCCGCGCGUUGCGGCCCUUCAACAUGAGCUCAGCAACAUUACUCUUGCCGCCAUGCCGUCUCUUGAGGCAUAUUGCCAACGUAUCAGUGAUUUAGUCGAUCAACUGGCUGCGGUUGAUUGCCCAGUUAAUGCCACACAACAGAUCUUGCAUCUUGUUCAUGGCCUACCCCGCGAGUAUGACACCAUCGCAACUAUAUUGAAUCAAAACCUUCCAGCUUGGGAGGAGGCAGUCGAACAACUCCAAUGGGAGACACGACGCAUCGUGUCUCGUGAACAUCUUGCACCGACACCCAUUGUUGCUGCUGCUGUUAACUCACCACCACCCACCAACCGUGACAAGCAGCCUUAA